AUUAAGACAAGGAAUACAGAUUUUAAAAAUAUUGGCGACUAUAAAAGGAGGUAAUAUUGAAUUUAUUUGUAUCUUAACAAACACUCCUGGUUUAUAUCGUUUUUGGUGAUCUGUUAGUUGUUGGAGACUUGGAAUUUGAAGGAAGAGAAUCAGGCCAUGGCUGACGGGGACCAGAAACUUGAGUCUAAGAAGAGCCGUCACCUCUUUGGACGUCAACAAUCGAUUCACAAGGUUCUGGGUGGAGGAAAAUUGGGAGAUGCGGUGCUAUGGAGAAAUAAGAGGGCGAGUGCGAGGAUCCUGGCUGGGGCCACCCUUACCUGGCUCCUGCUUCAGCGGUUUGAAUUCCGUGUGCUGGAGGUCGCUUCCCACGCUCUAAUCCUCACUCUCGCUAUCUUCUUUUCCUGGUCAAAUGGUAACCCUCUACUCAACAAAUCUCCGCAACCAAUCCCAAAAGUUCACAUCCCGGAGAAGACAGUGUUGCAAAUCACAUCUCAUAUUAGCUUUGCUUUCAAUAAGUGCUUCCUACUUCUACACCAAAUUUCACUUGGAAGGGAUUCGACUAUGUUUCUGAAGGUCAUUUCUGGGCUAUGGAUAUUCGCAAUUCUGGGCGGCAGCUGCGAUUUCCUGACUCUAAUAUACAUAUGUGUUAUUAUACUCCUCACGGUGCCGGUGGUUUACGAGAAAUACGAAGAGGAAGUGGAUGCAUUUGCAGAGAAAGGAAAGAUGGAGAUCAAAAAAUACUAUGCCUGGUUACAUGCAAAUGUUUUGAGUAAGAUUCCCAGAGGACAUGUGAAAGAGACAAAAUUAAUUAAGAACAACUAAGAAGUUGGCUUAAUUAUUAAUUAGCUAGCUGAUCAAGGACAAUAGCUCUGAUCAGCAUUUACUGGUUUUAAAUUUAAUCAACAAUUUCAUAUAUACAACAUAUGUAUCUAUUGACUAUUCUGAGAUGAGGAUGGGUUAUUUGAACACAUAUAACUCUACACACACAUGCAAAUGUACAUGCUUCAAUUCAUCGCAAUGUUGUAAACUUGUAAUACAUAAACGACCUUUAAUUUUUAUAUAAUAAACACUCAAAUUGUUUUUUAUUUUUAUAUAAGGCUGUUUGGGAUAAUUUAAAAUUCCUUGCAAGA